AUGGCAAUGAUGAUCACGAGGGAUGUACUUGAGGUCGGAGGAGGCGGCGGCGGAAUCAGCUACGAGGACUGGAGCGACUGCCUCCAGACUUAUCUCCUCUCCCGAGAUCUCUGGCACUUGGUCGUUGACGAGCAACCCAUUGACGGUAAUAUCAGCAGUACUGAAGGACGUUGCUGGCGGCGGGAGAACGCGGCCGCGCUGCACGCGAUCAAGAUCUCGUGCGGCAGCGGCCUUCUCCGGCAGAUUAGGGGGAUCACUUCCGCCAAGGAAGCUUGGGAGGCCGUCGCCACUUUGUAUUACGAUCAGGUUGAGAAGCAGCAGGCAGAGCUGCUCCUUGAUGUUCAGGAGCUUCCGUCGGGAAAUGUCAACGUACAAGAGGUUAACCAGCCGGCCGACGAUGACUUGGCGGAGCUGGAAGCCUGCAUACGUAGAGGUGACAUAUCCCGACUACGUGAUUUGAUUCGACGGAACCCAGAUUCGGCGGCGAGGCGGUUCCCCGGCGGGCGGCGGGGGACCGGCCUGCAUCUGGCGGCUAAGUUCGGAGAGGCGGAGGUCGGCUAUGAGCUGAUGCGGGCAAUGAGAGAGGAGGACCUCGAGAUCAAGGAUGGCGACGGCUGCACGGCGCUUCACAUUGCGGUGGCGGGAGGCCACCGCCGGAUGGUGCGGGAGAUGGUUUACAGAAACAAAAAGUUGGCCGCCAUUUUCAGCGGUAUUAUCAGAAGUCAACGAGGAGCGGCGGUCCUGCCGGUGGAAGAGGCCUCUCGGAAGGGCGAUUCCGAUCUGGUUAAAUUGCUUUACAUCGUCACUCCACUUAGGAUGCUGUUUGACGAGAACGACGGCAAGCACGGUGCGAGUGUGCUCAAGUUCUGUAUCCACCGUGGAAUAUGGAGCAUUGCACUGGAUAUGCUGAGGCAUCGCCCAAGCAUGGCUACAACCAUGGAUGCCAAUAAUUUUAAUGCUGCUAUUCAGUUAUCUCUCAUGUCGACUUCAUUCCCCAGCGGAAGUCCAGUUGUCUUCUAUCUACAAAUCUUAUACUCAUAUAUAAGGGUAAGACUACCUGGUCCGUUGCAUCCAGAAGAGGACAACUUUGGGAUGAGUUCAUUGAGCAACACCAAACAAACCAUUGAUCGACAAGGACAAGAGGAGACUUGGUGCCGUAAGUUCAACAAAACCUAUCACUUGAAAAUGGCCCACAUGUGUUCUCUCGAACUCCUAACCCUCGUAUGCCAACAUGUUUCCUCAAUAUCAUCGACCCCGGCCGGUUUGAGAAAGCUCCAAGGCCACGGGGUGUGCGAAGCAUUCCACAAGGCCGUGGAGAAUGGGAUCGUCGAAUUCGUUGAGGAGGCAGCGAAAGCAUGCCCUGCUUUGUUGUACAAAGUCGACGACAGAGGCAGGAAUGCGUUCAUGACGGCGGUUGAGUAUCGACAAGAGCAGGAAUUGGAACAUCUAAUGGAUCCCAUGUACAGAGAUAAGCUCAAUUGCACAGGCGAAACGGCAAAGCAAGUAUUCGUGCGGACCCACCUAGAACUAGCAACGGCGGGACAACAAUGGAUGAAAGAAAUGGCGACGGCUUGCAGCGUCGUCGGUGCCCUCAUAAUCACGAUCAUGUUCACCGCCGCGCUCACGGUCCCCGGCGGGAACAAGGACACUGGGCUCCCGACCCUCCUCGACGACAGGUCGUUCAAGAUCUUCAUGAUAUCCGACGCCAUCUCCCUCUACGCUGCGUCCACUUCAGUCCUAAUGUUCCUGGCCAUCCUCACGGCGCGCUACUCCAUGGCUGAUUUCCUUAGAUCCCUCCCCACGAAGAUGGUGAUCGGGUUGUCGACGCUCUUCGUCUCGAUCGCUGCCAUGAUGGUGACUUUCUCUGCUACCGUUGUGAUCGUCAUGGACCGGCAGUUGGAGUUUGUGGUUCCGAUGAUACUGCUCGCUGCCGUUCCGGUAACUCUGUUUAUGUUGCUGCAGUUUCCGUUGCUCAUUGAGAUUGUCAUGUCGACCUACGGGCCGAGCAUCUUCAAUAGAAACUUGAAACCAUGGCUUUGA